AAACAGCCCCUAAAAACGUUGCUCUUCUCUUCCUCUACCACCAUUCUUCCCCAACCAACUCCCGUCUUCCACCUUCGUUCUCUCUGUAAAUCCCUAACAAAAAUGAUGAAAACAUAGAAACAGAAUCACGAAAUCAUACACGUUUAUAUAAACAAACCAUAGAAACACUUGAAGAAGAUCCAUACUGCUGAUCACAGAGCUGAUAAAUCAUCAAAUUUUGCAUGUCCGCGUUGCAUGAUGUCUAAUAAUGCAUGAUCUCUCAUUCUAUUUAGUUUCGCCUCAAAGGAAAAUCUCACUCUCUUAUGUAUAUGUUGACGAUUGCAAACUUGAAAUCCAUCAUCCUAUAUACAGAGGGUGUUGGUAACAGCAAUGAACAUCAUAAUCCAUUUCUUAUGCCUGGGGAUUGUGGUUUCAUGUAUUAUAACCAAUGUACACGCGAUAAAUGGAAGCCAAGGAGAUACAUACUCUUUCGUAUUGGGUUGUGGAGCCAAAAGCAACGCCAGCGAUCCAGACGGCAGAAUUUGGAUUCCAGACACAAAUUUCCUCAGAUCUUCUUCUCCGAAUGAUACGAUGACCGCCAUAGCAGAAUACCAGGAUCCUUCUUUGUCCUCCACUGUCCCUUACAUGACUGCGAGAAUCCUCAAGGUGGAAUCCACAUACUCCUUCCCUAUUUCUCCAGACUCUCGCCAUUGGAUCAGGCUUCAUUUCUAUCCAUCUUCUUACCAAAACUUCAACUGUUCCAAUUCCUUCUUCUCCGUUAAAAUAGGUAGGUUCACUCUGCUCAGUAAUUUCAGUGCCUCGAUCACCGCCCAGGCGUUAACUCAAGCUUAUAUAAUCAGGGAAUUCACCUUUCCUCCUCUAGGGUUUAGUGUCCUUAACCUCACUUUCACCCCUUCAACAGAUUAUAAUGGCUCCUUCGCGUUCGUCAAUGGCAUUGAGCUAAUUCCGAUGCCGGAUAUUUUCAAAUCCGCGUCUCGGGUUGGGCUGCUUCAGGACUCUGUUGAUACGACAUCGUUCUGGAUGCAGUCAAUGUACAGGCUGAAUGUUGGCGGUCAGUUCAUCUCUUCCAGCCAAGAUUCCGGGUUGACCAGAACUUGGUACGACGAUUCGCCUUACUUGUUUGGGGCGGCGUUUGGGGUCACCAGUAAGGCUAACAAGAGCGUGAGAAUUGAGUACUCGUCAGAUUACCCCAAUUACAUUGCUCCUUUGGAUGUUUACGAAUCUUCUAGGUCGAUGGGGCCUUCUGCAGAUGUUAAUAUACACUAUAAUCUUACUUGGGUUUUCCGGAUAGACGGGAACUUCAGUUAUCUGGUAAGGAUGCAUUUCUGUGAGUAUCAGCUGAGCAAACCAAAUCAGAGGGUAUUUUAUAUUUACAUCAAUAACCAGACGGCGGUUGCAGGGGCUGAUGUGAUUGGGUGGGGAGGAGGGCAGGGUGUUCCAAUCCACAAGGAUUUCGUGAUCUAUGCAAAAGAUAGAGACGAAGGUGACGAUGAAGACUAUGAGCUUUGGGUGGCUUUGCAUCCCAAUGGAGACUCAAAGCCCCAAUUCUUUGACGCAAUCCUCAAUGGGUUAGAGAUUUUCAAAUUGAACGACUCUAGGGCAACCCUGGCAGGUCCAAAUCCGGUUCCGCCACCACCAGUUCCAGAUCCGAAUUCGCCUAAAUCCCGAUCUUUCACGAAUUCAGACACUAGUCAGCGGGGGAUAAUAGUUGGGUCGGUCCUUGGCGUGGCCAUGGGUUUUGGGGCAGUACUAUGUUUUGUUGCUUUGCAGAGGCGGGAAACAACAGAUAGUGGUAGAGGGGAAUCAAGCCGCAGAGGUUGGCUGCCAGUGUACGGAAGCUCAAGAUCAACCGAAACAACUACAAUUUCUGCCAAAAGCAGCUGCAGCAGCAGGAUUUCUAAUCUUAGUGGACUGACCAGGCACUUCAGUCUGGUGGAGAUCAAAGCCGCCACUAAUGAUUUCAGUGACUCGUUGGUCAUUGGGGUGGGAGGAUUUGGUAAGGUAUACAAAGGGGAGAUCGACGGAGGAAGCACAAAGGUAGCGAUAAAGAGAUCGAACCCAUCUUCUCAACAAGGAAUUCACGAGUUCCAAACAGAAAUUGAUUUGCUUUCCAAGCUUAGACACAGGCACUUGGUGUCUCUGAUCGGGGCAUGCGGGGAAUGCGAUGAGAUGAUAUUGGUGUACGAUUACAUGGCGAAUGGGACCUUAAGAGAACACUUGUACAAACACAAUAAUCCUCCAUUGUCAUGGAAACAGAGACUGGAGAUAUGCAUUGGUGCUGCCAGAGGACUCCACUACCUUCACACCGGUGCAAGGUAUACCAUCAUCCACAGGGAUGUGAAGACUACAAACAUCCUUUUGGAUGAUAGGUGGGUGGCAAAGGUGUCAGAUUUUGGGCUUUCGAAAACAGGCCCUGCCCUGAACCAAACACACGUGAGCACAAUGGUAAAGGGAAGCUUUGGAUACCUGGAUCCCGAGUACUUCAGGAGACAGAAACUGACUGAUAAAUCCGAUGUGUACUCGUUCGGAGUGGUCUUGUUUGAAGUAUUAUGCGCAAGGGCAGCCCUUGACACCGGGCUACCCAAAGAGCAAGUUAGUCUAGCAGAAUGGGCCUUACAAUGUCAUCAAUGGGGCAAAAUCGAUAGCCUAGUUGAUCCACACAUCAGAGGGGAGAUAACACCGGAAUGUCUAAAGAACUUUGUGGGGACGGCAUUGAAUUGCCUGUCCGAUCAGGGAAUCCACCGGCCAACUAUCGGCGCUGUUUUGUGGAACCUCGAACUCUCGCUGCAGUUGCAGACUAACCCGGAUUGUCCAAAAGUGUUGGCGGAACAGAAAGCCAACGAUGCUUACGUCAUGCAUGCAGGGUUGUUGAGCAUCGAAGAGGAGAACAGGGGAGGAAAUGAUGAGGAUGAGUCUCAAGAUGCAAUAUUCUCACAGAUUGUGAACCCUCAAGGAAGAUAGCUACUGCUGGAGUGCCGGUAAUAUUAUUUUGCCGAUGCUAUCAAUGUGUUUUUCAAGUUGGAAUUGUUGCUUCUCGGUAAAAGAAUGGACUUUGUCUCGUGUAUAUUGGUUGGAAAUUCUUCUAUUAAAAAAAUAGAACUAGAGGAAGACUCAAGCUCACUCAACUACAAAACACGUCCAUUUGCGCAAUGAAACAGAUCUAUUUAUAGCCUAAAAAGUAUAGAGCAGAGGAUGCACAAUCCAGUGAUUCACCAUCCAAAGAACCGUGCUCAAAUAUGCUUGUUCGACAUUCAUGACUUCUUUGUCAAAAAGGAGGCUGGGUUAUUUGCCACCGUGGCCCUCGAAUCCCUAUUCCAGGAAGUGCAUAGAAGAGUUAAAUUGCGAGAUGUGUAGCAGAGAUAGGUAGCUAGGCGUGAAGCAGGCCGGUAAGAGUGCUUCCUAGUUAAGCUACUAGCUACUUGUUAUUCAUUACUUAUUAUUCUAUUAUUACGUACAUAUUAUACAUUACCCAAUUUUGUAUAGGUUGUGAUGGAUAAAUCAAAGAUUAAUUAGCUGAAGAAUGAUAAGAGUUUCGUGUGACACGUACAGAGAAUCAACUUAUGUCAUUCUUGAAACACACGGAGUAUAAACAAGCAAGAACUAGAAUCCUUUUAAAUAAUAAGUUUUAAA